GCGGUUUUGUGUUUCUGCAGCUAGAAAUAGACAUCUCACAAGAACGUUUGGCGAGCUGUAACCUCACUUACAAGAGUUGUGAAAUGUUGACAUCAGCUCUACAAUCCUCAAACUCUCCUCUGAGAGAGCUGGACCUGAGUGACAAUGAUCUGCAGGAUUCAGGAGUGAAGCUCAUCUCUGAUGGACUGAAGAGCUCAAACUGCCAACUAGAGAUACUGAGAUUAUCUGGCUGUAUGGUGACAGAGGAAGGCUGUGGUUAUUUGGCUUCAGCUCUGACUUCAAACCCGUCCCAUCUGAGAGAGUUGGACCUGAGCUACAAUCACCCGGGACGCUCUGGAGUUCAGCUGCUGUCUGAGAAACUAAACGAUCCGAAGUGCAAACUGGACGACCUCAAGUAUGAAUUCUGA